AUGUCAAGUGGGAGCUGCGGGAAAGGGCCUUGGAAUGUUGAUUGACGUGUCAGCGAUCCAAUCACGGCUCGCCUCACAUCACCCCUCCACCAAUCAGCUGCCAGCUGGAGGUAAGGGCUUUUCAUGGACAGAAUCUGCUGCUAACAUCGGGAAGAGCCGAAAAGAGGGACGAAAACCGGAUGAUUUGACACCGAAGCGAGUUGCCAGCCUGUAAUUUAUUCCGUUGAAAACGUUUCUUUAUUACCGUGGAGUUAAACGGGAAUUGGACAAUGGGAAAGCAAUAAAGUGGAAUGUCUGCUGACAUAGUUAACGACCUGCUUACUGGUGUUUGUGGAGUUUUUCCAGGAGAAGAGAAUCAGCCAUGGAUGCGGACGAGUUUCCUCCCCCGCCUCCUGAAAUGCUAGCAGAUGAUGAUGCCUUCAAUGAUGAAGAUGAAGGAGAAGCUUUUGACUUUGACAGUGGAGAUGACAUCCCUGAGGCUCCUCCAGCACCUCCAAUCCUUCCCACUGAGGAUCCGAGCCCGGUGGACUCUUUGACCAUUCAUCCCGAGGACUCUCACUGCAUCCCGGAGCCUCCACCGCCAAUCUCCCAUUCAGAACCUUCAUCCCUGGACACUACGGCUGCCAUAAGCGAAUUUUCCUCAGCAGGCAGAGAAACAACAGAAGCUAAAGAGACAUCUGCUGCUGAGGGAACUAAUGACAAGGAGGAAGAUUUACCACCACUGCCGUCUCCACCCCCUCCUGUUGGUUAUGGUGUACAGACAGAUCCCAGAAGCGCGGACGCUGAAAGAAAAGAUGCCUCCCUGGAUGCCCCACAACCUUCACCGGCUUUGCCCAGGACUUCCUCUCGGACUAAAGUCAACCCUUACUCAGUAAUUGAUAUCAGUCCCAUGCAGCAGCUAGAGCAGCAACAGGGACCCUCCUCUUCCACUUCCUCACUAACUGAGUCAAAACUACAAGAGGAAGAGGGCAGGGAUAUCCUCACCAGCUCCUCCAGCAUUACUUCAGGAUACUCCGUGCCUGUGCCCUGUGGCUAUGCCACCCCCUCUGGUGUUCCUCUCAUCACACCUGCCUAUACCACACCUGUCAUCAUUCGACAUCUCUCCAUGGAUGAAGAUGUGACAGUGGUGGGAACUAGCAACACCUCUGCUGACCGUGUUUUCAGUGAAGAGUAUCCACCUAUUGCAGAGGAAGAUGCUCUGGCUAAAUGGGCAUCAGAUCCUGCCAACACCGCUUGGAUGGAAAACCCAGAUGAGGUGAUCUAUGAUGAUGUCCCCAGAGAGAACUCAGACUCUAACACAGAUCCAGAUGAGAUGAUUUAUGAUGAUGUGGAGCUGGGCGAGGAGGGCGGCUGCAGCAGCUCCCUCGAUAAUGGCUGGAGCUCGAGCGAGUUUGAAAGCUACGACGAAGCCAGCGAUGGGGAGGGUCACCCUGAAAAUGGCCUCCCCCAUGCCUUCAUGAGGGGAAAGCCACCGCAGAGGAAAAUCCAUCUCUCUCAAGAUCUGACACGCUUGAAAGAACACUAUGAGAAAAAGAUGAAAGGUCUAAUGGCAAGUACAGUGGGAACGGUAGAGCUGCAGCAGUUAAAACAGAAACACGAGCAGAAGAUGCAAAAGCUGGUGAAGGCAGCCAAGGAGGGGACGAAAGAUGGACUUGAAAAAACUAAAGCUGCGGUGAAGAGGGGGCGCUCUUUCAUCAAAACAAAGUCAUUCUGUCAAGAGAGAAAGUCUGCUUGCUUGGAGGGGGAGUCUGAGCUCUUCAUUGAAGUGGACUGCUUCAACGUGGAGCCCGUUCUCUGUCCAACACCAGAGGGUCUCACUCAGCAGCAGCUUGUGCGAAGAUGCAUAUUGGGCUCUAUUUUAGAAAGUGAGAAAAAUUAUCUUGAUGCUCUCAAAAGGAUUUUGGAGCAUUAUGAGAAACCCCUUUCCCAGAUUGAGCCCAAGCUUCUCAGCGACAGGAAGCUGAAGAUCAUCUUUUACCGCGUGCGGGAGAUCCUGCAGUGCCACUUCCUGUUCCAGAUAGCUAUUGCGAGCCGUGUUUCUGAGUGGGACAGCCUGGAAAUGAUCGGAGAUGUCUUUGUUGCAUCGUUUUCAAAAUCCAUGGUGCUGGAUGCUUACAGUGAGUAUGUCAACAACUUCAGCACAGCGAUGGCCGUCGUAAGGAAGACUUGCGCCUCUAAACCGGGUUUCCUGGAAUUUCUCAAGCAUCGUCAAGAAACCAGCAGUGACCGAAUGACUCUUUAUGGCCUGAUGAUGAAACCCAUUCAAAGAUUCCCACAGUUCAUUCUGCUCCUUCAGGACAUGCUAAAGAACACACCGGUGGGUCAUGCGGACCGUCUGCCCUUGCAGAUGGCCCUGACAGAGCUGGAGACCUUGGCAGAGAAACUCAAUGAAAGAAAAAGGGAAGCUGACCAGCGCUGCGAAAUCCGUCACAUUGCAAAGGCCAUGAAUGAACGCUACCUCAACAAGCUUCUAAGUAAUGGUAGCCGCUACCUGAUUCGCUCAGACGACAUGGUGGAGACUGUUUACAAUGAACGUGGUGAAAUCAUCAAAACAAAAGAGCGACGCCUCUUCCUGCUAAAUGAUGUGCUCAUGUGUGCCACGCCUAAUAUUCGGUGCCAGGAUGGCAGUGGGAGUGGCAGUGGAAACACUCCACUGGACCAGAGGUUUCUCCUGAAGUGGAGUGUACCUUUGAGUUUUGUGGAAGUACUGGAGUUUGGAUCCAGCGAGGAAAUGGUCGAUAACAGCCGAUACCCUGCUCCUCACUCUGGGGAGAAGGUGGUGAUCAACGCUAAGCCAAACAAACUUUACAUGGGCCCUGGUCAGCUGUACCAAGAUCUGCAAAACCUGAUCCACGAUCUGAGUUUGGUCAAUCAGAUUGCUGGCAUGAUCGGUAGCCUCAAAGGGAACUACCAGAAUGUAAAUUCCACUGUGGCACAGGACUGGGUUUCAGGCCUCCAGAGGCUAAUAUUGAAGAAGGAAGAGGAGAUCAGGGCAGCUGACCGGUGCAGGAUUCAACUCCAGCUGCCUGGCAAACAUGACAACAGGGCCGGUAAGCUCACAUACUUCAGUGCAGUGUUUAAUACACUCAGCCCAGCCAUCAAGCAGUCAUGGAUCAGUAACCUACAGAUGGCAAAGUUGGCUCUAGAGGAGGACAACCUGCAGGGCUGGUUCCUUGCAGAUGAUGACGGUAAUCAAAUCAAGAAACAGAAACACCCCCUCUUACUUCGACAGAUGCCUGUGGUAAUGUCAAAACUACAAGAGUUCAAGGUGGAAUGUGCUGUUCACAACCCAGAGCCCUUCAUAAACACAGAAAGCACAGCCGACUCUCCUGUUGUCGGCCACGGAUGUGUCUGGGUUGCAAGUUGCACUAACCAGAUGGGUCAAAUCGCAAUUGUGGCCAUGCAAAACUCCAGCCCUAAAGUGACAGAAUGCUUCAAUGUGGAAUCUCGGAUCCUCUGCAUGGCCUUCGUCCCAGGAGAGCAACCUAAGGAGGACGGUGAAAAGCUUCCUCAGAAUAAUGGUGUUUCUGCUGCAAAGGCCAGUGAUACCCCCACCGUCUGUUUAGGCAUGGAGGAGGGCAGCAUCAUUGUUUAUAAGAGCAGUCAGCGGUCCAAGAAAAUACGUCUUCAGCAUUUCUUCACCCCAGACAAGUCCACGGUCACCAGCCUGGUCUAUAAAAAGCCCUGUCUGUACGCCGGUCUGGUUAAUGGCUCUGUCGCCAUUUACUCCAAAUCACAAGAUGGUUCCUGGUGCUGUGAGACGCCCAGGUUACUGAAGCUAGGAGUCCUUCCAAUUAAAGCGGUGCUGGCUGUGGAGGAUCAACUCUGGGCCUCAUCAGGGGGACACAUUUUUAUCAUCAGCACCCACACACAUUGUGUUGAGAGGCAGCUGGAGGCCCACCAAGAAGAGGGCAUGGUGGUGUCUCACAUGGUGGUGGCCGGGGUGGGCAUCUGGAUCGCAUUCAGCUCCGGUUCUACUCUGCGCCUCUUUCACACUGAGACAUUGGAGCACCUGCAGGACAUUAACAUUGCCACAACCGUUAACAAUAUUCUACCUGGAAACCAGAGAGUCUCUGUGAGCAGUCUGCUGGUUAGCCACGGUUUGCUGCUAGUAGGGACUAACUUGGGAGUGACUGUGGCUUUGUCUGUCCCCAGACUACAGGGGAUCCCCAAAGUAACAGGUCGAGGGAUGGUGUCAUUACAUGCACACAAUGGGCCCGUCAAGUUCCUCACUAUGGCAAUGGCGGUGCGUAACUGGUCAUCUACCCUCCCACCCUCCACCUCUUCCCCUUCAUCCAAGCAGAUGGAGUCUGCGGAUGCAGAGAGCGUCCAGCCUGUCCCAGAUGCGGCCUCCAGUCCUCCUCUGGGACGCGGGGUGUGGCUGGGCGAGGCGGGCUGUACCACCAUGGCUCUUCAGGAUUCUCUGUCCUCCUCCUCCUGCGGAUCCUUAGCUCCCUCCCAGGGUUCCUUGGAGCACGGUCCAGAGGAUGGGGCCUUGUAUGACUUGCUUCAUGACCCCGCCCAUCACCAGAGGGGGCGUCGCUCCAGCAAGGUUGAAGUCAGCUCUCUGCUAGUUGUGUCUGGAGGCCUGGGCCACCGCAGAGUCAACAAAAAGACCAAGCAGUCUCGCCACGAGGACAGCACCUCCACUAUCAUGAUCUGGCAAAUCCCUUUACUGAACAUGUGACACCAACAGCCCACUGGUGUUGGUUUAAAUAUCUGAAGACUUCACAAAAUCUUCCUCAUACUUUCAUUUUUUCACUUUAAACCAAAUGCUCUAACACUUCAACAAGUAUUUGUGUCAAUCAAAAGAACUUACUGACUUAUUUUACACCAAAAUGUUUGUCUCCUCCAAUAUAAACAGAACAUCCCUGCCUUUUCAGGUUAUUGGAAAAAACACGCAUUAUACUUUGUGUUAGUGCUUUUAACACCUACUUUUCAACACCAACUUUUUCAAGAGUAGCCACUUCACUCUCACACAACCCAACCUGCAUUUGUUACAUUGCAACAUUUGAAAAGGUAUCUUGAUAAUUGGAAUAUUGGGGUUUUAAGCCAUAAAAUAGUUGGGAAUUGAAAAGGGAAAAAAAGAAGGAAAUACAGCAUCUUUUAUAGCUGAAAUUCAUCUGAAAGUCUUGUAUUUCUAUUGGCUUCCCACAUCUGGAGACUGAAACUUAAAUCUUCUUUACAAAACAGUUAAAUCUGAUACAGAUCCUUAGUUUGUGGAUUUGAACAGGCAUUUAUAACACUUGUAUUUCUUUUAAUCUAAUCCGUUCUGUUCCAGAUCUGUCUGUAUGUUUUGGUCCAACGUCCUGCUGAAGGGUGAACCUUUGCUCCCAUCUUAAGUAUCUUGUUUCCUCUAACAAUUUUUUCCUUGAGGAAUCCUGCGUUGCCAUGGUCCCACUGAAGAAAAGCCAGCAUAAUGUCGCCACCACUAUGUUUCACUGUGAUGGUGUGUGCAGUAUGAUAAACAGUGUUUGGUUUCAGUUACAUUUUGGUCACAUGUGACCGGAUCAAGCAGAUGUUUUGCUUGUGCAAACCACUCCUUCAUGGUGUCCUUUCAACAAUAUCCAUCUUAUUACCACUUUGCCAAAAAGAGACUAUAUGUGAAAAAAGCGCAAGGGGUAUAAGUACUUAUACAGGGCACUGCACUGUAAAAAAAAGAAUAUAUAUUGGCUGAAUGUUAUGCCGUUUGAUGUUAUUCUUUGACACGACUAAGUGAUGUUAAUUGUCUCGGAUGUAUGUGUUAGACUGUAGUAUUUAAAUCAGUGUUUAAAAGGAAAAUGUUAAGUAAUAAACUGGUUCUUGGAGGGCGUGCAAGGUAAGAAUGGAGCUUUGAAACUGCUUCCAGCCUGGUUUAGAUCACCCAUUAGGUUUAGAGCUUUAAAUCUGAAGUGUGAUGAGUCAGAGAGAGAUUUGAUUUUUCUUUAAAUGGGAAAAAAAGGGAUUUAAGCCACCAAACAAAGUUCUGACGGCUGCAUUAAUUUGAGAGGCAUCUAAGCAUCCCUGGCGGGCCAGGUUUCUGUUCACAAAGGGAGAAAGACAAGUUAUCACAAAGUCUCUUUUUUUCCCCCUUUUUUCUAAUGCAUGUUUGUUUUCUAUAUAUUUAAAAAAACAAACAAUAAAAUGAUUUAUACUUUCAUCACACUUGUAUGUAACUAUGUAUGUUAACAACUGUAUAAACAAUGUUUUAUUAAGCAAA